AUGGUUUCAGAAGAUAAUACAAUUACCAAGCGCAUUGACACAGGAAAGUGGACACCAGAAAGCAUACACUCCUCCCACAUUAACGGGGACAUACUGGUGGGGAUGACUUAUCAAGAGUAUGCUAAAGUUAACAGGUACACCAUGACAGGGAGAAAGAAACAGAUCUUGGUGUUGGAUAACCAUGAUUAUGACAUGUUUGAUCUACCACACUAUAUCACAGAAAACAAAAGAGGUGAUAUAUGUAUAUCAGACUGGUGCUACAAUUCCGUGGUUGUGGUGAAGAAAUCAGGAGAAUACAGGCUUUCCUACGAAAUUCAAGACGAAAGUCGUGAAUUACAGCCAUAUGGAAUAUGUACUUAUGAUGAAAAUCAUUUUUUGGUGUGUGAUCGGCAUAGUGAAACAGUUCAUUUUGUGAAACAUGAUUAUACCAGAACAAUUAAAUCGAAAACAUAUCCAAUACUUACAUCUGAACAAGAGGUAAAUGAGCCCCGUGCUUUGUGUUUGGACUAUGAAAACAAUCUUCAUGUGGGACAAAGUAACACAAACAUCGUUAAAGUGUUUAAGAUACAGGGACACAACUGA